GGAGCGACGAGGCGCCGGCGCGGGUGAGGUGCGAGGCGAAGCGUGCAACGCGCAUCUUGGAGAAGCGACAAGUGGUGGCAGAGAACCACUUGUUGAUCUGUUUCAGGACGUUAAGUCGGAGUGCAGCAGAAAAUGGCCACUGAACAAACUUCAUGGACAAGCCUGUCCACUAUUCAAAAAAUAGCCUUGGGCCUUGGGAUCCCAGCAAGUGCAACAGUCGCCUACAUCCUAUACCGCCGAUAUAGGGAAAGCAGAGAAGAGCGAUUUACAUUUGUUGGAGAAGAUGACAUCGAGAUAGAGAUGCGAGUUCCCCAGGAGGCUGUGAAGCUCAUCAUUGGUCGACAAGGAGCCAAUAUUAAACAGCUGCGGAAGCAGACAGGUGCUCGGAUUGAUGUGGACACAGAGGAUGUAGGUGAUGAGCGAGUGCUGCUGAUCAGCGGGUUUCCUGUGCAGGUGUGCAAGGCCAAGGCAGCAAUCCAUCAGAUCCUGACAGAGAACACCCCAGUGUCUGAGCAACUCUCAGUGCCCCAGAGAUCUGUGGGCAGAAUCAUAGGGAGAGGUGGCGAGACUAUUCGCUCUAUCUGUAAGGCCUCUGGAGCCAAAAUCACUUGUGACAAAGAAUCGGAGGGAACCUUACUACUUUCAAGACUUAUAAAAAUCUCAGGAACACAGAAGGAAGUGGCAGCAGCCAAGCAUCUGAUACUGGAGAAAGUUUCAGAGGAUGAAGAGCUUCGGAAAAGAAUUGCCCAUUCUGCAGAAACCAGAGUCCCACGAAAGCAGCCGAUCAGUGUGCGAAGAGAGGAAGUGGCAGAGCCAGGUGGAGCUGGCGAAGCAGCUUUAUGGAAGAAUACCGACUCCAGCGUGGAGCCAGCGGCACCCCUGGAGGCUCCUCUCUGCAAAGGAGGUGGUGAUAUGGCUGUUACUGGACCAAAAGAAGCUUCCUGGGAGAAACCAAAUGAUGAAAACUUUCAGUAUUCUGAUGCCCUGAGCAAUCCAGAGACGUCCAUGUUUGAAAUUCCUAGUACUGACUUCAGUUCUGAUGAGUACCGUGAAGUAUAUGUUUCUGCUUCUGAACACCCCAACCACUUCUGGAUCCAAAUCAUUGACUCCUACAGCCUCCAGUUGGAUAAACUUAUCAGCGAGAUGACCCAGCAUUAUAACAGUACUCUGCCUGAAGACUUGAUUCUGCAUGUAGGAGACAUUGUAGCAGCACAUUUAAAUCUAGAUGGCUGCUGGUAUCGAGCCCAGAUUCUUGGUACCUUGGAAAGUGGGAAUUUGGACCUCUACUUUGUUGACUUUGGAGAUAAUGGAGAUUCCCCAGUGGAGUCUCUCAGAACUCUCAGGAGUGACUUUCUAAGCCUUCCGUUUCAAGCAAUAGAGUGCAGUCUAGCACGGAUUGCCCCCUCAGGUGAGCAGUGGGAAGAGGCAGCGCUAGAUGAGUUUGAAAGACUCACUCACUGUGCUGGCUGGAAGCCUCUUGUGGCCAAGCUCUCCAGCGAUGCCCAGACUGGAAUAUCAACUUGGCCACAAAUCUAUUUAUAUGAUACCAGCAAUGGGAAGAAACUUGAUAUUGGGCUAGAAUUAGUUCGUAAAGGAUAUGCAAUAGAACUUCCUGAAGACAAAGAAGAAAACAGAACUGCCCCAGAUAUGUUGAAGGACAUGGCCGCAGAAACAGAUGAUGAGACCAAAAGUAGCCCAGUAGAGAUACCAGAUACCCUGACCAUCCUCAACGUAACAGAAGGCGAAGGCUCUAUGUCGUCUGAUAUCCUUGAUGACAUAAUCUGGUAUUAAGUCUGGGCCGCAGCUGUUGGACCAGCCAUCUGCUUUUUACUGAUUUGGUGCCAGGAGAGGAAUCUAUGACAGAUCCAUGAAGUCCUUUAUUUCAAAUGGUGUGGCUUGCUCUGGAUCAAAUACGUUUUCUGUUCCAUUGGACCUACCACAAAGUGAUAGAUGGAGACAAAUAGAUUUCUCCUUCACUCCUGGCUCCUCUCCAUCUUUCCGUGUGUGAAUGCUGCUGUGAAUUCCCAGCCUCAUUUCUGACUCACCUUCCCAGGUGACUAUAGUAGUAGGAAGUGUUUGGACUCAAGACCGGAGUCGUCAGGAAACAAAUGGAAAUUGGCAUAUGUUUAAAAGCCUCGCAGAGAGUACUAUUCUCACUCUCAGUGCUGAGGUGACUGGAGAUAGUUCUUUUGAAAUAGUCCUUCAGCUAUUUCUUUUUGAACUUUAAAAUACAGGUAGAAGAAAUGGAGAGGUAGCAGGAAAUGCUGUAAAUUUCUAGCAUGUU